AUGAGUUCGGGUUCUAAUUUUGCCCUGGCGUCAAGGCCUGGCAGCAUUCAACCAGCACUGUCGCUCCCGCUUGAGAUGCAUGCGCUGUAUCACUGUGCAGAUAUUUUCUUUCUAGAAAAGAAUAUGCUGGUCGAGCCUGGUCAAGAGUUUGUUUCUCACGUGCUGCCUUACUGGGAAUAUGCAGAGCCGGACUCGAGUCUCCGCCUUGCGAUGACUGCUUAUUCAAACGCUGUUUUCGGACGGAGCAAGGGCGUGAGAUCAGCCCUCUGUUUGGCCGAAAAGGCAUACAUGAAGACCGUGGAGCAAACUCUGGAAGAGAUGAAGACAUUAUCUGCCAAUAAAAUAUAUCAGGUCGUAUUAGCGAUGAUGCUCAUGGGCAGCUAUGAAAACGUCAUGUUCUCCUUGAGAACGCCGUUAUCUUCUCCCCCUGAUGAAGUUGGCUCCCGUUUCUGGCGAAGCGUCUGCCACGAAAAAGGUGCUGCAGCUCUUCUUAGUGUACGCCGAGAAAGAGGCUUGGCUGCAAAUGUGGCGUUGGAAAAAGUAAUUAGACAGAAAUGUCUUCGUCUACUCAUCCUUCAGGGUGCGAACAUGCCUGACUGGCUGAAAGAUGGCACCAGUUGGGGCGAGGAAGGACCAGAAUUGGAGCUGGAUUCACUCAUGAUACGUGUUUUGAUUUUGAGACAUAAAUCCGUGGCUCUGUUUAGAGAGAUCGACGCGGCAGAACCACACACUAUUGAGAAAGCGAAAACCAUGGCGAUCGAAGCAGAUGCCCUUGACCGUGACCUCAUGGAAUGGCCAUCGACACUGCCCCGGAACUGGAAUUUUGAAAUUGCCCCGGCACAGUUACAGUCCCCCCCAACAACAAAUGCUCCCGCCAAAUUCCCCCGACAUCUCUACGCUUCUGUCGGCCUUGCUUCAGUAUGGAAUCGACAUCGUGCCCUUCGUCUGGUUACAAAUCGUAUUCACCAGCGUUCUCUGCUAUCACUUCAGUCGGUCCUAAAGAGUGAUUCACUCAGCACAAAUUUGAGGAAGUGUCAAGAAAACAUCAACGCACUUGCAGGAGAAAUGUGCGGUGGCGUGCAGUUCCAAGUCGAUCCCCGAUCCUUCACUAAAGAUCCUCAGGCUGACAUCGUAGAGGACUCUAUGACAACACUUGAUGUACUUCAUCCCGGUGUGGCCGGAUCAUUAGCUUGGCCUCUAACAAUAGCCGUCAGCAUAGAAUCCGUACCACAUCUGGAGAGAUCUUGGCUGAAGGCUGCGUUGAGGGCUGUUGCUCGGAUUCUAGGGCACACAUUACUUGAAUCCGUCACUGACCGGGGGGAAUUCAGGUUCUAA